CGCUAUAAAAGCGUGGCGAAAGCCCUUUGCCGGCUGCAGUUGUUCGGUCAUCGCUGUCAGAUAGCUUGGUGAAGGUUGCGCUUCUUAAAGGGCCAGGCGCCUCUCCCCCAGCGGAGACAAAAUGAAUCCCAUUCUAGCCUUCUGUUCUCUGCUGGCUCUGGUGUCGGCCGGACCUACCCAGUACUUCAGGGAGGAAUUCGGGGAUGGAGAUGCUUGGACAAGCCGUUGGGUAGAAUCAAAGCAUAAAUCAGAUUAUGGAAAAUUCAUACUUACUUCUGGCAAAUUCUAUGGAGAUGCAGAAAAGGACAAAGGACUUCAAACAAGCCAAGAUGCUCGUUUCUAUGCCAUUUCUGCUAGCUUUGAUUCCUUUAGCAACAAGGACAAGACUCUGGUGGUGCAGUUCACAGUAAAACAUGAGCAAAAUAUUGACUGUGGAGGUGGAUAUAUAAAACUCUUCCCUUCAACCCUGAAACAAGAAGACAUGCAUGGAGAUUCUGAAUACAACAUCAUGUUUGGUCCUGAUAUCUGUGGUCCAGGUACCAAGAAAGUACAUGUUAUUUUCAACUACAAAGGCAAAAAUGUUCUGAUCAAUAAAGAUAUUCGCUGUAAAGAUGAUGAGUUCAGCCAUCUCUAUACCCUUAUUGUUCGACCUGAUAAUACAUACGAGGUUAAGAUUGACAACAAUAAAGUAGAGUCUGGCAGCUUGGAGGAUGACUGGGAUUUUCUGCCACCAAAGAAAAUUAAGGAUCCAGAUGCAAAGAAACCAGAUGACUGGGAUGAAAGAGCAAAGAUAGAUGAUCCUGAAGAUACAAAACCAGAGGACUGGGAUAAACCAGAACAUAUUCCUGAUCCCGAUGCCAAGAAACCUGAGGACUGGGAUGAAGAGAUGGAUGGGGAGUGGGAACCACCAGUAAUCCAGAAUCCAGACUACAAGGGAGAAUGGAAACCUCGUCAAAUUGAUAACCCCAACUACAAAGGAAAGUGGAUUCAUCCCGAGAUAGAUAAUCCUGAAUAUACCCCUGAUCCUAAUCUGUACUUUUAUGAGGACUUUGGUCGUCUUGGCUUGGAUUUGUGGCAGGUGAAAUCUGGCACAAUUUUUGACAAUUUCCUGAUUACUGAUGAUGAGAAGUUUGCUGAAGAAUUUGGCAAUGAAACGUGGGGUGCUACUAAGGAUGCUGAAAAGAAAAUGAAAGAGCAGCAAGACGAAGACCAGCGGAAGAAGCAGGAAGAAGAAGAUAAGAAGAAGAAAGAAGAGGAAGGAGAAGGAGAAGAGGAACCCGAGGGUGAAGAUAAUGAAGAGGAAGAAGAGGAGGAGGAGGAAGAAAAGGAGGAAGAUGAAGAGGAAACAGAGGGCCCAUUGAAGGACGAGCUGUGAUUGGGGGUUGUUGGGUAUACUUAUUGGCUGAGCCUUGCCCUGGACUUGUACCAUGCAGUUGAACCCAACUAAGGAGAGGGGAUAACAGUUAUGUCUCUAUGAGACACAAGAACUUUCUUUUUUAUUGGUGUGUUUGUCUUAAUUCCUUCCCAAAUAUCAUCAAUUACUCAUUCAUGUGUGUAGGGGGGAAUGGGGGACUAGAACCUGCAUCAGAAGAAGGCUAAUUGUAGGAAUACAGCCCUUGGAAAGGGAAAUAAUACCAUUGACCCUUCCCCUUCUUUGUGGCCACUUUUGCAGUAAAAAUUUGCCUCUAACUAGCCCUUCUCAAUGGAUGUAAAAAGCAAAACUCUUGUGUCCAUCUAAAGUUUGCCUUUAUCCUUUGAAGGUACAGGGGAGUGUUGGGUGGGGCGAUGGGAGGGCUUGGUAGCAUAGAUAGCUCCAGAUUUCAAAGACAUUAAAUUGAGAUAACCAGUAUUACACCAUUUGUAAGGCCAGUGGUAUUGAUAGAGAUCCUGACUCCAGUCAGGGAGUAGGCACCGUCCUUCUGUGCCUACUAUACAGAUCAGGUUCUUCAAAAGCACAGUGUACUGAGCAAAUUUAAUUUUUAAUUCUGCAUUCUAGCUUUUAGCCUAUUUCCUUGGGUGUUGGGUUGUUCAGGGAGGGAUUCUAGAGCCCCAGCAGGAAGAUAAGAGUAGGAAUUGGGGUGGGUGUUUACAUGUAAAAGGUCUCUCUUCAGGCAGAGAGGAGGGUGGGAGGGGUUUCUGGAGGUGGAAAGAACAGUAUCAGAUGGGUCAUCCCACUUGUUCACACUUGAAUGUAUGGAAGAUUGAAGAAAAUUUCUAUUAAAUUAAACUUCACUGUCUGGCCCAU